GGCGUCAAGCCAGCCAGCUUUGAUAAAGUAGCAAUCCCUGAAGUGAAGGAGAUUAUCGAGGGAUGCAUUCGGCAAAACAAAGGCGAAAGAUAUGCUAUUAAGGAUCUUUUGAAUCAUGCUUUCUUCCAAGAAGAGACCGGAGUACGGGUAGAACUAGCAGAGGAAGAUGAUGGAGAAAAAAUUGCUAUUAAGCUCUGGCUGCGAAUUGAAGACAUCAAAAAACUCAAGGGCAAAUAUAAAGAUAACGAAGCAAUAGAGUUUUCUUUUGACUUGGAGAGAGAUGUCCCAGAGGAUGUAGCACAAGAAAUGGUGGAAUCUGGCUAUGUCUGCGAGGGGGAUCACAAGACAAUGGCAAAAGCUAUCAAGGACAGGGUGUCUUUGAUUAAGCGAAAGCGAGAGCAGCGUCAGUUGGUCCGAGAAGAACAGGAGAAGAAGCUGCAGGAAGAAAGUAGUCAAAAGCAACAGCUGGAGCAGCAACAACCAUCAAGCACUUCCCAUGCAGGCUCAAAGCAUCCCCAGUCUGUCACUGGUACUACUUCAGUCCCCACUACUUCAGCUUCAGUUUCCACACAAGUGGAGCCUGAAGAACCAGAAGCUGAUCAACACCAACAGCUGCAGUUCCAGCAACCCAGUAUAUCUGUUCUUUCUGAUGGGACAGUUGACAGUGGCCAGGGGUCAUCUGUUUAUACCGAAUCGUGUGUGAGCAGUCAACAGACCGUGUCCUAUGGCUCCCAACAUGAGCAGUCGAUUUCAACAGCUGCAGUCCCGGGAUACGCAGCUUCAGUUGGCCAAGUGCAGUCACAACAGCAUGGAGGAUAUCAGCCACCUGCAGUGCCUCAGCAUCCGCGUGGGGGAACACCAACGUUCCCAGAUUCACAGAUAUUUUUCCCAACCGUUCAUGAACGGCCGGUGUCUUUCUCACCACCGCCUAUCUGCCCUCCGAAGGUGGCAGUUGCUCAGCGCCGCAAGAGCACCUCAUUUUUGGAAGCCCAGACUUGCCACUUCCAGCCAGUGCUGAAGACUGGCCAGAGUUUAGUCCCACCUGGUGGCAGUCCCACCAACUGGACCCCAGAGGCACUGGUUAUGCUGGGCACCACAGCUCACAGAGUCACUGGAGAGCCGCUGCAUGUGCAAGUCAAUCCUGUGUUUGAGCCAGCUCCUGUGCACAGUGACUGUAGAUCGGGAGCAGCACCUCCGGAGGAUGCUCACUACCGAAUGCAUCCAGAAGCCGUGUAUUUGGUGGGCAUGCACUAUCCAUCACAGGAGCAGUACGAUCAAGUCGCUUAUAGCUCUCCUGCGGCUGAGCAACACUUGAAGCAGGUCUCUGAGUCGAAGCACGUGCAAGGUGGUCCUCCACAGAGCUCGGUGUUCGACUUCCAGUCUGGGCAAACGUACCUGGCAAGGCAUGUCCAGAACCUGAGACUGGAUUCAGGGAUGGCUCCUCUUUCUCCAUUAUCCAGUGUUUCAGCUCCUCUGAGUGCCGAGCCCGCUCAGAUGACCUUCCACCAGGUGUUCGUGCCGCACUCGGCGCCGGCUGUGCUCUCGCACGGCGGGGAUGGCAGAACGAGCUGCGUCUUCGAGUUCCACGUGCACACGCCGAGCUCGGCUCCCGCGGAAGGCGGAGGCUUGACCCCGCGCGUCUACAGAGGUCGCCGGUGCUCCGCGGAGAGCAGCCAAGAGGAAACGGCGCAAGGCGUAGGGUUGCAUGGUCGGCUUCAGCCUGUGACAGAGGAGCAGUGUAACUAUCUUGGUCCUGAGGUAGCAGGUCCCAGAGGGGGCUCUGCCAGGCAGAGCUGGCCAGAAGGAAGCCCAGAGUACUCCAGUGAUUCCUCACAGCUGACUUCUUCUGACACUGGCGAUUUCCAGUCUCCUCCUCCUACGGGAGGCUCAUCUGCUUUUGGUUCAGACUUCUCCUUGCCUGUUGUUCAGCUGCCUCAGAAGGUAUUGCAGGAGUCCCAGCUCUUCAUCUGCUUCCCUCAGGGAGCCUCGAGUCAGCAGGCCUUGUCCACCUCGCUUCCAUCUGGACCACCUAGCCUCUAUCCUCAGACACAAGUGCAAGGCCAGUCAGCCUCAAGCAGUGUAUCAGUGCCAUCCCAGCUUACCCAACACACUCAGCAGAAUGUGCAGCCACCAGCCUCUUCCCAGCAGGCUGGACAGUACCAGCUGCAGCAGCCAUCAGUUUCUACUGGCGCCACUCCCACACAAACGGUCUCUCAAACUCAGACUUCACAGGUUAUGCCAAUGCCUCAGGCACCAGCUGGGACACAGCUUCCUGUUUCCCAACCAGUGUCGAUCAUCCAAGGCGAGCCUCAAUUACCUGUUGCAGCACCUUCUCUCCCUCAACCUUCAGUUGCCCCGCCAGUCCCUGUUGGCUCUCAUUUCCUACCCAUGGGACAGCCCUUGACAACUUCCAUGCUCCCCCAGUUCUCAGUCUCGCAGUUGCCCAUAGCAGCUCCUCACGUGUCAGUGGCUCAGCCAGGUUUCCAGUCGCUGCCCAAUUCCAUGGCAGCCAGCAUGAAUCAGCCCCCCGCUGUCCCCGUAGGACCGACUGUUGUCCCUAGCCACCUCCCCACGCUGAUGCAGCCUGUGCCUCAGCUGCCCAGCCAGGUUCUCCCGCAGCUCCUGCAGCCAGCUGUCCAGUCCGUGGGAUUGCCAGCCAGCAUUGGACAAGCUGCUGAAGCUUCACUUCCUGCUGGAGAUGCUCUUUACCAGGGCUUCCCAUCUCGGCUGCCACCACAAUACUCAGGGGACUCAAAUGUUGCACCCUCCUCUGCUGUGGCCUCUGUGUGCAUUCCUUCUGCCGUGCUGUCCCCUCCCUUACCCACAGAUGCCAUGGCUCAGCCAGGCUACCUUGCUGCUGUUGUGCAGCCCUACGUGGAGCAGAAUGUUUUAGUUCCUGGGGGUGGCCUAGGAGGGCAGGUGCAGAUGCUGCCGCCGCCUACAGUGAGUUUAGCGCAACAGGCCUCAUCUGCCUCCUCCCAGCAGGUAGCUUUGGAGGGUACUCAGGGAGUCUCACAGACUGCUGCUUCAGAGUCUCUGCCAUCAACACAGCCUGCUCAGUCUACUCCUUUGGCUUCCUCUAUGGAUAGUGCACAUUCUGAUGUUGCUUCAGGGAUGAGUGAUGGCAAUGAAAACGUUCCAACUUCUAGUGGAAGGCAUGAAGGGAGGACCACCAAACGUCACAUGCGGAGGUCUGUCCGCAGCCGCUCUCGCCAUGAGAAGACUGCUAGGCCAAAACUGAGAAUUCUCAAUGUUUCAAAUAAAGGUGAUCGGGUAGUGGAAUGCCAGCUAGAGACACACAAUCGGAAAAUGGUUACUUUCAAAUUUGACUUGGAUGGUGACAACCCUGAGGAAAUAGCUUCUAUUAUGGUGCAGAAUGAGUUUAUUUUAGCAACUGAGCGAGACUCAUUUGUAGAACAGGUACGAGAAAUUAUCGAGAAAGCAGAUGAAAUGCUGAGUGAGGACGUAAGUGUGGAGCCAGAAGGUGAUCAGGGUUUGGAGAGUAUGCGGACAAAAGAUGAUGGCUACUUUCCAGGGUCACAGAAAUUAGAGUUCAAACAGCCAGAUCCUACAUCUUCCAUGCCACAAAGAACAGGGGUUCCUCCUAGCUCCUUUACCCAGGUCGUCCAUUCUGCAGGAAGACGGUUUAUUGUCAGCCCUGUCCCUGAGAGUCGGUUAAAAGAACAGAGCUUUUUCAGCUCCGCUAUUCCUGGAGGAACAGAAACUGCAGAUAUGGUUGCUGCAUCUCCCUUACAUGGUCCUGGAAUGAAUCUCUCCCACUCGGCAUCGUCCCUGAGCUUGCAGCAGGCUUUCUCUGAGAUCAGGCACGCUCAAGUGGCAGAAGGCCCUAGUACAGCUCCUCCAGUGUUCAACCAGACGGUACCACCGUUCCCACCUGCGCUUUCUACCAUGGCAGGCAGUGGUGCUCCCUCAGCAGCAGUAGCUGCUCCUUCAAUAUCCGUUCCUUCCACCACAGGCGUUUCUGUUCCAGGUUCUGUUACUUUGCCUUCAGAAAGUGCAGCUGUUGGAGCUGCACCAAGCACAAGUGUCCCAAGCUCUGUUUCUCCGCCUGCAGCCUCACAAUCUGGACAGCAGUCGACUGCUGGAAUGGCUUCCAGCGUGAGCGCCCCUGCUUCCUUCCCCCUACCCACUACAUCCCAGCCUGCUCAGCCACUGCCUGGAGACAUUGCCCCUAGUACCAGCACGCCGGCUUCUCUGGCACUGUCAUCCACCCCGAUUCCUGGCGUCACUGGUCCUGGUGUCGUUGCACCAGCUGUGACAUCUCAAUCUACUCCUCAGAUUGUAAGUAGUUUGGCAGCGCCACAGAUGUCUGUUACCCUGUCUGUGCCUCAGAAUGUGGCUUUGCAGCUUCCUCAACUUAGUAGUAGUGGCUCUGUCUCCAGUCUGGCAGAAACAACAGUUGUAAGUGCUCCACAAUCCCUCUCUGAAAGCGGGCAACCCGUAGAUAAAUCACAGCUCUGCAGUGCAGCUGGAUUGUCUCUCCCAAUCUCUGCACCUUUAUCGUCUUCAGUAGCAACAAGCAUAUGUGGAUCAGCCAGCCAGCCAGUGAUACAUCCUUUACUCAUCCCAGCAGCAAUUACAUCAACACCUGGCCUACCCCCGAUUCCAGGUGCAAUGUCUACGCCUGUAUUGCCCCAGGUGCCCUUACCUGGUGUCUUACCACAGCCUGUUACCAACUUGCCUGCCGUACAGCAAACACUGAUACACAGUCAGCCUCAGCCAGCUCCAUUACCCAACCAGCCCCAUACUCACUGUCUGGAGGCUGAUGCAGAUGCUCAGUCUAAAGCACCCGGUAUUGAUGAUAUAAAGACCCUGGAAGAAAAGCUCCGCUCUCUCUUCAGUGAACACAGCAAUGUUGGAACAGCACAUCCGUCGGUAUCUCUGGAGACAUCACUGGUAAUGGAAACUACUGUCAUUCCUGGCAUACCAACCACUGUGGUGGCACCAACCAAACCCCUGACAUCCAUUAGCACUUGUAUACCACCGAGUAGUUUGCCUCUGGGACCCACGGGUUUGCCUGUGCUGACACCGGUUGCCACUCCUGGGCAAGUGAUCACCCCGGCCAGCUAUAUUUCAGCAUCAAGCAGCAUUGCAACAGCAGUAGUGAAACCAGGGGCCUCUCCUUCAAAGCCGCCUCUAAGUAGGGUACCGGUGCUACCAGUAGGUUCUGAACUUCCAGCUGGCACUCCGUCCAGUGAGCCGCUGCCACCUUUUCCAGGACCUUCACUAACUCAGUCCCAGCAGCCACUGGAAGAUCUGGAUGCCAAGCUGAGAAGAACCCUUAGUCCGGAGACUGUCCCAGUGACGUCUGCUCCUGCCUGUUCUGUGCCCUCAGUAGCAUCCACAACGGUUACCGGGCUGGUGUCCACAGCAGCACAGUCUCCGAAAGAUGCUUCAGCAUCAUGUGGUGGAGAGAGCAGUGCUAUGGCUGCCACAGGAGGAGCUGGUAUUCUUAAAAUGGGACGUUUUCAGGUCUCAGUGGCAGUAGAUGAUGUGCUAAAAGAGAGUGACAAACCCGAGACAAAGCCAGUGCAAUUUGAAACCACCUCCGAAUCUUCAUCUCUUUCUGGCAGCAGCCCAGAGAGCACCCUGGUAAAGCAGGCUGGCGGUCGGAAAAGCGAGGCUGUGGCUGUCUCAUCCUUGGAUGUAGAUGGUAUUCCUUGCCCAGUUCCUGUGGUGCAAUUGCCAGCAGAUGUUGGCCAGCCCACUAAGGUCGGGCGCUUCCAGGUGACAACAACAACGGAUCAAGUGGGGCGCUUUUCGGUGUCCAAGACUCAGGAUGAGGUCACGCGCGCGGAGAAAGAGCCAGUGACUCUUCCUCUCUCUGUGGACUUGGAACAAGUUGCAGCUGCAGCUGCUCCGAAGGAGCCGGAGGCCGGGCAGUCCCCGCACAUGAACGGGCCGUCCUCGGAGCUGGAGGCCGCCUUCCUGAGCGGCGUGGCCAAGGAGCUGGAUGACGGCUCGGCGAGCCCGGACUCCCUGCAGCACCUGGGCUCAAAGAUCAGCCUCCCUGUCCAGAGCCUCAGCAACUCGUUCAACUCCUCUUACAUGAGCAGCGACAAUGAGUCGGAUAUCGAAGAUGAGGACUUGAAAUUGGAACUCCGUCGGUUACGGGAGAAGCACCUUAAAGAGAUCCAGGAGCUGCAGAGCCGCCAGAAGCAGGAGAUUGAGUCGCUGUACACGAAGCUGGGGAAGGUCCCCCCUGCAGUAAUAAUCCCCCCCGCUGCACCGCUCUCGGGAAGGAGGAGACGACCCACUAAAGGAAAGAGCAGCAAAUCCAGUCGUAGCAGCUCCCAGGGAAAUAAGAGCCCUCAGCUAUCGGGCAACUUGUCAGCCCAGAGCGCGCCGUCGGUCUUGCCCCCUCAGCAGACUCUCCAUCCUCCCGGGAGCGGGCCAGAGACGGGCCAGAACCAUUUGUUACAGCCCCUCAAACCGUCACCUUCCAGCGAGAACCUCUACUCUGCCUUCACCAGUGACGGUGCCCUCUCGGUACCAAGCCUUUCUGCACCAGGCCAAGGCUGUGCGAAGUUUAACUGUGCGUCUGAGAGAGUGACCUUCAAGCCUGGUGGCAGGAGGACCCGAUUUCUGAGGAAGAUGGUGAAAAAAGUCUGUCCUUGCAACCAGCUCUGUAGGACCAGCAGCACUAACACGGUCGGGGCUACAGUGAACAGCCAGGCGCCGCAGCCUCAGCCUCCCGCUAUCGCCUCUAGCCGGAAAGGGACCUUCACGGACGACCUGCACAAGCUGGUAGAUAACUGGGCCCGAGAUGCCAUGAACCUGUCUGGCAAGAAAGCUGGCAAAGGGCAUAGCAACUACGAGGGCCCUGGAAUGGCAAGAAAAUUCUCGGCGCCAGGUCAGCUCUGUAUCUCUAUGACAUCUUCCCUGGGUGCUACGCCCAUCUCUGCAGCCUCAGCUACCUCUUUAGGUCCCUUCCCAAAGGCCAUGUGCCCUCCGCAGCAGUACGGUUACCCAGCAGCAUCUUUCGCAGCUCCGUGGAGCGGGACAGGGGGGCCAGCACAGCAGCCACUUGGCCAGUUCCAGCCCGUAGGUGCCGCCUCUUUGCAGAGCUUCAACAUCAGCAAUCUGCAGAAAUCUAUCAGCAACCCCCCAGGCUCCAACCUGCGGACCACUUAGCCACGCUCGGAGCCCACGCUGGCUAGACCCUGGGGCAGGACAUGGGGAGGGAGAUGGGGCCCGGUGUCAACGACUAGUGCUGCAAUGAACUGGUAGCUUGCCAGACUGGGAAUGAAUUUCUCUUUUCCAACCAUUGCUGUCAGCUCUGUGUAAAGGGAGCUUCCCCACACGCUUGCAAGGGGGAGGAGGCCGAUGAGCCAUCCUUGCGAUGGGACAGUGCUUGUGGCUGAGUGGUCCUGCUCUCGUGCGGAAGGAGAGCUGCGAAGAUGAGUCACGGGGUCAGUUGACGCAGUCUCGCUGUAAAACUCCCCUGUGGUUGGAGGCUGAAUCCACACGUGUUGAGGUGGGAGAGGUGAAUCCUAGCAUGAGGCUUUAGCACGCUUCCCAUCUCUCCCUGAAGAACCAAGACCAGGAGAAAAGCUGUCCAAAUCCCCCUCCUCUCCCUCUCCCCAAACAAUCGUAUUUGGCUCCAGAACGAUGGGGCACACGAAUGGACUUGCAGUGCAGCCCGUGCUUGAUAGGUCAUUACUGCUUUAAGUAAGAUAUUAACAGCUUUGACUGCAGCAUUAGAGCAAUUUAAAUUGUUUAAAAAUUUUAAAAGUUCCCUGCGGACAUGUACUUACCAUCAGUUUUGAUGUGGAAACACUGUGAUAUAUAAAUGUUGUUGGACAACAGUAGUUUAAAAAUGAGUGGAAUAUAGAGGGUUAAAAAAGUUAAAAAGAAAAAAUGGAAAAAAAGCUAGCUAUAUCCUUAUACUUAUUGGAGACACUUUAACUUUUUCCUUUGUAUUUUCAUUGUAUUAGAUAAAUAAAUGUGAAUGUAAAAUUGUAUAAAUUAAUGUACUUGAAUACUUGUCUGUUCUCCCAGUAUGCUUGCUGGAUAUUUUAGUGCCUUGGACUUCUCUUGCUUCUGCAGUUAGCAUCAUCUUCCCAGCAGGACCCCCAGGUGGACAGAGGGCAAGUUCAGAGCAGGACGGACGUGUGCCUAGCGCCUGAGACACU